AUGACGAUGAACGUCGAUGAGAUAUCGGGUGAGAGUGGUCCGAUGAUGCUCGAUAUGGGAACGCAGAUGUCAGCAUGCAGAGAGAUGCGCGUGAGUUUUGAAGGCGUGCCUGCUGAAUCCAGCGAGAAAGGGCAGGAUAUAACGCUAACACAAUUGUAUCCGACAAGAGUGUAUCAGAGGCACUCAGGCCUGAGUCAAGCGUCUACCGACAUUUCCACGUCCCAAGUCAUUGACGCGGUGAACGAGUCGCGGGAUUUCAUCGACCAAAGAUUGGGAGAGACACGAGAUGAACUCAAGGAGGGAUUCGAAACAACCGCUCGUGUAUGCGAGAUCGUCGCUGGAGCGAUAGCUGAGGAAUCAGCGAAGUUGGAGGCCUCCAUCGCUAAGACGGUAGCGGCUAGCAGUGAGGAGCUUCGAUCUGAAUUCAAGUCGGCUCAAGAAGGGUUACAUCUGCGUCUGAAAGCUCUAGGUGUUGAAAUCGAGGCUCUGCGUACAAGUACCUCGCAACAGUAUGUUAUCGGAGAGCUCGAACGGUUGAAAAGCAUCGAGUUGACCUGUGAGCAAACGAAGGCUCGCUUGGAUCAGAUAGAGGCAGCAUGGGCGGAACGUCGGAUUCAAGGCUCUGCAGAGCAGCAGCAGGAUAGGAGUGAGUACACCAAUGACGCCACCGAGAGCUGCCGUGACCAGUCGAAUAACGGUCGCCGAACAGAAUGCACCGCAGCGGAGGAGUGCCGCUGUGCUCAGCACGUGUAG